GGGAUAUUCACCGAUCAUCAGUGUUGUGUUGAUUGCUACUCUGUAAACAGUUAAAAGUUUCCAUUCUUGUCAUUCUAGCUUGUUAUUAGUGUUAAACGCCACUCAGUAAACAGUUUUGAAGUUUGAUUGCAACUAGCAGACGAUUAACAGCAUGGCCGACCACGUAGAUUGCAUCAAGAUGAUGGCAUUAGGACGCAGUUUCGCCAUUGGAACCCUCUAUAAUUACGUCGAGGAUGUCGCCAUACCGAAUGCUCGCUUAUGGGACCCGGAUGACGUGUCCCGCUUGUCGGUCGUUUCUACCGAAAGGAAAGAAAUUGUCAAAGUUCAUUCCAUGUCAUCUGCAUUGCAAACGACUGAAGAAGAAGAUCACAGUUCGUGGCUAUCCGAAUUGGACGAACACUCGGCCAUGAGUUUGACGGCUGGUCUAUUCCGCUCACCUUUCACCGGAGCUUGGCAGUACAUUUCCGAUCGUGCGGCGGGAUCGUCAAGUCGAGGACCCGAAGUGGCCAUUCAUUGUCGUUCGUCCAGCAGGAAAGUUUCUGUCGACCCGAAAAGUCAACUGGAAAUUAUCUGCCGGCCAGAAAGGAUUAUCAAGAAUAAAGCAACUCACGUCGUCGUGGCUGUCAAAUUUGGCCUGGAGGCUUUUUGCGUCUUCCAAAAUCCGGAAGUUUCGACCAACGACGACCCUGAGGCAUCCGUGUCUGAAAAAAUGUUUGACUACGCCAAUUUCUUUGCCAAAGGUCUGUCGGAUGGCCGGAAGAAACUGGAGCUGGAUCACGACAAAGAAGGUGACGAGGAAGACGGCGGACAUGAUCUCGUUCCAGCAGAUUUGCAGUGUGUUGUUUACAAAGAUGUGCUGGGUGUUAAGAAAGGACAAAGAAGCUGGACAUCCAACAGUGUAGCCGAACAGUACGAAGCCUGCCGGAAAAUAUUAGAUCAUCAAGUCAACAAGGCCAUUCCAUUGAAAAUUUGGUUGUAUCCACUCGCCAAACUGAUGCCGACCGAAGCCGGAAUAAUUAAAUUGCCGGACAAUAAAAUCGACGUCUCCCGAGAUGUGGUCAUCAAGUGCCAGAUGAUGUGGAAGCAGUGGCAGCACAUCCGCAUGGAAACGGACGCAAUCAAGACCGAAAUAAGCCAACGCUCAACUGUCCAACGCUGCUGGAUUCCACUGGCCGUCUCCAAACGAGUCAAUGAAUUUGAUAAAUGUUUAAACGAAUUCUUGAGCGCUAUGCAAAACGCUCUGUACGAAUGGACAAUUUCAAUUAGAAGAGGUGGUGAGCCGGAAGAGAAGAUGAAGGAAAUGGUUGCAGCAGUCGAAAGAAAAUCCCCGUUCAUCCCGGAAGAGCUUGAAAAUUGGCUCAUUGAUCACCGGAAACAACUGAAGACUUUGAAGACGCUCUCACAGUUACCCGGUGUCCACCUGGUGACUGAAUUUAAACAACUGGAAAAAGAAAUCAAGAGUAUAGGCCACAAUGUGCUCGCUGUUGUUCUUCAUUUGCCCAGCAUCUCCAAGCAGUUUGACAAUACGGUGCAAGAAUUGAGGUCCUACGUUGAUGCGUUUACUAAAUCCCAUCCAGCACAUCCAUCCGAGUGGAUCCGGGAAGGUAAAGUUGAUCAUCGCUCCGCUACUGAUCGACGCCGGUUCAUUUCUGUCGCUCAAGAAUUCUCGGACUGGGUGACUGAAAACAACAGCGACAUCUCUAACGUCCGUUACAUCAUUUUAUACAACUAUCAGCCGAUAUUUGGCGCUGCUGAGUUGCCAUUCCUGCGUUUGUAUGACUCCACUUUCGAGUCUAAUGUGAAUUUUACCAUCCCCAAAGCUCCUGGCCCAGUCACAGUCGAAAAGAACUAUCGUGGCGCCAUCACGCUCAGUUGGACAACCGAGGAAGAAGUCGAGGAGCCUAAUUAUCUUUUACAGUAUCGCAACAUUGAUGGAUCCGGUGAAAGGUGGGAUUCCAUUCAACACAAGUCCAAGGAAAUUACAAUCAGUCAUCUACAAUCGGAGGAGAGUUACGUGUUUCGCGUUGCCGCAGUGACACCAGGUGGGAGGAGUCCGUUCAGUCCGAACAGCUGUGAGGUGACAAUCGAUCCCGUUUGUCCGCCGCCAGCUGGAUUGCAGUGUCAGUACGUGACGGACAAUAGCAUCACCAUUUCCUGGGACCAUGUCGAGAUUGAAGAAGAAGAUGAAGAGGCUGACACUUCAGAUGAUGAAGAUUACGAAGAUGUCAACAGUUCCAGCGACUUUGAUGAUGGAUCGAUUUGCAACCGCAUGCUCGAAUCCAAGGAUUCCGUGCAACACGUCAAAGAAAUCAAGAAAAAGAAGUCUGUCGUCAGCUGUUACUUGAUUGAUUGUUGGAUGGCCGGUAAUCAGGAUUCCUCAUUCAUUCAGCGAUCCACAACGGAGACGAUGAUCACCUUGGAACCUCUGGAUCUUGGUACGACCUACUGCAUUCAAGUCCGAGCAGUUUGCAACGAUGGUGCUGGAUCAUCUUUCUACAGUCCGGCCACGCCGAUUUUGGAAGCUGAAACCUUGGAAGAGGCCGAAAGAGCUGCGCAUAUCGUCCGUCGUGUUAGCAAAAAGUGUCCCGUUGGGCCUGGUAUAGACGCUUAUCGUUUGCCAUUGAAGAAACGUCACGGGACAAAGACCCAGGGUGUUGGCCACUAUGUUUUUGGUGAACCAAGUUACUUGGCGUUGGCCGGCAAGCGACGUCAACGGACCAUCUUGAUGCUGGGCGCCACUGGUUCCGGUAAGAGUACUCUCAUCAACGCUAUGGUGAAUUAUGUGCUGGGCGUCGAGUGGGACGACGAUUUCCGCUUUAAACUAAUCGACGAGCCGGCCGACAAGUCACAAGCUCACAGUCAGACGGACUUGGUGACCACCUACGACUUGUACGAGAUGAAAGGAUCCCGGCUGAAUUAUUCUCUGACCGUCGUUGACACUCCAGGAUUUGGUGACACUCGUGGGCUGGAAAAAGACAAGAAAAUUAUGCAACAAAUCCAAGAUUAUUUCCAGUGUCGUCACGGGAUUCAACAAUUGGAGGCCGUCUGUUUCGUCGUCCAGUCGUCUCUCCCCAGACUGACGGCCACUCAGAAAUAUAUUUUUGACUCGAUUUUGUCCAUUUUUGGCCAAGAUAUUAAAGAUAAUAUUCGUCUGAUGGUGACGUUUUCUGACGGUGCGUUGCCUCCGGUCCUUGGUGCAGUCAAAGAGGCCGGCAUCCCGUCGCCCAUGGAUCCAUCCACCGGUCUCCCACUUCAUCACAAAUUUAACAAUUCCAUUUUCUUUACUUCCAACAAGGGCGACCGCCAGACCAACGAAUUCAACCGGACCUACUUUGACAUGGCAGUCGGUGGUUUCGACAAAUUCUUUGACGAUUUGGGUGUAAUGGAAGCCAAAUCGUUGACGCUAACUCGGGAAGUGCUCGAGGAACGAAAGCGGCUUGAAGCCCUGGUCGAAGGCCUCCAAAUGAAGACCGAAAUGAAGUUGACACGCGUAGACGAGCUUGAGAAAAUCAAGAAAAUUCUAAAAGAAAAUGAAGAUCAGAUGGAUGCCAAUCAAGCUUUUGAAUUUGAAACGCUUGUUCCCAAGUCGACAGACAUCAGCGGAACUGGCCAGUUCACCACCAACUGCCAAAAUUGUCGCACGACUUGCCAUUUCCCAUGUCGACAGGCUCACGACAACGACAAACACCGUUGCUCCGUAAUGGACCGAAGAAGCGGCAGCUGUAUGAUAUGCAAAUGCCCUUGGAAUGUCCACUUCAAUCAAAAGUACCGGUACGAGAUGGUAAAGGAGAAGGUCCAGCGUUCAUCCGACGCCAUCCGACAGCAGUACCAAGGGGCCGUGAGUGAAGCGCUUACAAAUGAGCAGUUGCUGGCCCGCAUCGAGAAGGAAAUCAAGAAACACGAGUCGCAGCUGAUGGAGUUGAUGCAACUCACUUAUCCAUGUAUCCAGCGACUGGACGAAAUCGCCCUUCGGCCUCAUCCUUUCUCCACACCCGACUACAUUGACCUGAUGAUAGCCGCCGAGAAACAGGAGCAUCGCUCGGGAUACCAGCAGAGAAUUGUCACCUUGCACAAACUUCGUGAGAUGGCCGACAUCACGGCCAAAUUGAUCCGCGACCAGCAGAAAACUGUUAUUCGUCGAAUGUCGUCAUUGUCGCUGAAACCCAAACAGCAGCUCAAACGCCCUUCUGCUAAAACUGUGGCAGACUUAAACUGAUUCAUAUCUGAUUUCAUUGUUGUCUGUAUUCUGCACUGAUCGAACAAUAUAACAAACGUGGAAAUUUCAUAA